AUGACGAUGAAAAUGAUCAUGCCCCAAUGCCUGUGGUACGGUAAUAGAUUAUCCCUGAGACUUAUCAAUCCCAUCAGAAGAAUACACCAUACAACGAUCCCAUUCCGUAAAGCCGUCAAUGUUACUGAUUUGAACCUGACAAGAGACCAAAUGGUUCAGCUACGUAAUAUGAAGAGUUCGCAAGAGAGGAAAUUCCGUAAUAGAACAGUAGCCUUUUAUUUCAGCAGUGUGGCCGUUAUCUUUCUAGGUUUAGCAUACGCAGCUGUACCACUGUAUAGGGCUAUCUGUGCUAGAACUGGAUUUGGUGGUAUACCAAUUACCGAUAAGCGUAAAUUUACAAGUGAUAAAUUAGUCCCAGUUGAUACUGAAAAGAGAAUUCGAAUUGGAUUCACUAGCGAAGUUUCACAAAUCUUACCAUGGAAAUUUACACCAGAACAGAGGGAAGUCUAUGUUCAGCCAGGUGAAACUGCUUUAGCAUUUUAUAGAGCCAAAAAUACAAGCGAUAAAGAUAUUAUCGGUAUGGCAACGUACUCCAUUACGCCUGGUGAUGCCGCCCAAUAUUUUAACAAAAUCCAGUGCUUUUGCUUUGAAGAACAGAGACUAGCAGCAGGCGAAGAGGUUGACAUGCCGGUUUUCUUCUUUAUAGACCCUGAUUUUGCCAGUGACCCAAACAUGAGAAACAUUGACGAUAUGAUGCUGCACUAUACCUUCUUCAAAGCCCAUUACGAUAGACACGAAGUCGUCGAUACCAGAUCCUAA